AACCGACGCUGGUCGUGAGUGUACACCGUUCUCUUGCGAGUGCCGGUCCGUGUCACCGAUUAUGCGUUGCAGCGCGUUGCUCUUGCUCGCGGGCACCCUCGUGUUGCUCGCGAGCAGCAGGUGCGCCGAGGCGGUGGAAUCAGAAAUUGAGGAAAUAGAGUCGACCACGGUAGAGACCGUGAAAAUAGACACGAGCACGGCAGAGACCCCCAUCACUCACGAAGGUGACAAGAAGAAAUCCGACAUUUCGGCUUCUUCCAGCGAGGAGAGCAAAGAGGAGAAGCGUACGAAGAGGGAGUCCUACUUGGAGGACAAAUUGAGGCUUCUGGAGGAUGAGGAGCAGCAGGAACAGCAGGAGACGGAGCUGCAGCGCGUAGCGCGCGCUAAGGGCUCGAAGAAGAAGGGCAAGGCGAACGAUGACGAUGACGAUGAUGACGACAGCAGCAGCUCCUCCAGUGAUGAUGACGACGACGACGACGACGAUGAUGAUAAGAAAGGCAAGAAAAAGAAGAAAUCUAAGAAGGAUGAUGAUGAUGACGACGAUGACGAUGAUGAUCACAAGAAGAGCAAGAAGAAACAUAGGAAAUCGAAGAAGAAUGACGACGACGACGAUGACGACGAUGAUGACGACAACAGCAGCUCCUCCAAUGAUGAUGAUGACGACGACGACGACGACGACGAUGAUGAUAAGAAAGGCAAGAAAAAGAAGAAAUCUAAGAAGGAUGAUGAUGAUGACGACGAUGACCACAAGAAGAGCAAGAAGAAACAUAGGAAAUCGAAGAAGAACGACGACGACGAUGACGACGACGAUGACGACGAUGACGAUUGUGAUGACGACUCGUCGUCAUCUUCUUCUUCCUCGUCGUCAUCGUCCUCGGAGGAAGAUAAGAAGCAUCGUAAGAAGAGAUACGUACAGGGCCGACGCGAUAUCUCGAAAAGUGAAUCAGCGUCCAAAGAGCGGGUCUACCCAAAAAUAUCAUCAUUAAGGUUCAUCAGAGAGGUGGAGUCGGACAGCGACACGUCCGAAGAGGAGGACAAACCGAAGAACCGGUUAGGAAGGCUACGUCCGGUCAGGGCGAAAGAUACGUCCGAGAGCGACACGUCCGAAGAGGAAGGCAAGAAAACGCGUCGGUCUACCAGGUCUAACGCGUCGUUCAAGAAUCCUUCCUUGGAAAGCAUAUCGUCGUCCGAGGAGACGAACAAGCCGAAGAACUCGCGAUUCAUCCGCGCACUCGAAAACAAUCCGAAGAAUCGACUCGCCGAGGACGCGAAGAGUGAAUCAUCGUCCGCGAGGCGGGACGACAAGUCAAAGAAGCGAUUUACCCGCGAUACUUCGGAAAGUAAAUCAUCGUCCGAGGAGAAGAAUAAACCGAACGCUCGGCUAGCUCGAUCGGCCGCGACUUCAGCGGCCGAAGAGACCGCGAGGAAUCGACUCGCGAUCGAAGAAGGUUACCAGACGAGAGCCCAACGGGUGACUCGGUCGAAGAAAGACAAGAAGAAGAAGAAGAAGGAUGCGAAGAAGAAGAAGAAGAGGCACUGCACGCCCAAGACGACUACUGCCUUACCCGACACUGUAGACCAACCGAUGGAUUAUCUUCCAGUUUGAUAGCCUUGAUCCUCAUAUACCUCAUGACAGAAAAAAAUGAUUGAUCUAACUAAAGUUAGUUAUCUUCGACCCCAACCCCAAUAUUUUUUGGUUGUCCUAACACGAAAAUGGUAGUAGCGAUACGCAUAUAAGGCUAUUCUCACUAACAUUAUAGUAGAAUUUAAUAAAAAGACAUGGUUUUCUUGACCAUAAUUAUAUAGUAAUUAUUUCUCUAUGUGAUUAUAGUUAUAAAUAUACUAAAUAUUUUUUCUCAGUAAUAUACACAUAUGUUUCCUUUUACACUGCGUUAAAUUUACGUCAAAUAUUAAAUGUAAUAAACGGAAACAGUCUUGAUGUGUCAAAGCUGGUGUAAUCUUAAUGAAAUUUUAUUAUUACUCUCGUGCAUCCGCAACCUUGAAUCUCAGUGAAAAGUAUUCUCUUGAAGUGAAUCAGUAAAAAUGACUUCUGAUCGAAUCAGAGUAAAAUGAGUAUUUCACCGAUGACCAAUAAAUAUUCGUUGAUUUUCA